GGCGCGAUUUUGCAGUUCCUCUUUUAAGCUGAAAGUGGUGUUUCUGCUUAAUACGUUCUGUGAGCUGUGGGGAGUUCAGGCAAGCUCAGAAGUCCCGACAUGGGUAUAGUGACAUAUGAUGAUGUGCAUGUGAACUUCACUCAGGAAGAGUGGGCUUUGCUGGAUCCUUCUCAGAAGAGUCUCUAUGAAGAUGUGAUGCUGGAGACAUAUAGGAAUCUUUCUGCUAUAGGCUAUAUUUGGAAAGAUGAUAAUAUUGAAGAACUUCUUCAAAGUUUUAGAAGAUAUGAAAGGCAUGAAAGAAGUCAUACUGAAGAGCAACCCUCUCAGUUUAUUGAGUGUGUGAAAGCCUUUGCAUUUCAGAGUCAUACCCAAAGAAAUGAAAGAAUUUAUACUGUAGAGAAUCCCUUUGAAGUUAUCCCACAUUUUGAAGCUAAUGCAUAUCACAGUAGUCUCCAAAUACAUAAAACAACAGUUGCUGGAGAGAACACCUAUGAGUGUAACCAAUGUAGUAGAAACUUUGUAUCUCACAGUUCUCUUCAAAGCCAUAAAAGGGUUCAUACAGAAGAGAAACGUUUUGAAUGCAAUCAUUCUGGAAAAGUCUUUGCACAAAACCAUCAUCUCCUAAGACAUAAAAGAACACUUUCUGGAGAGAAACCUUUCAAAUGUAACCAAUGUGGUAAAGCUUUUGAAAGAAACAGUCAUCUUAAAAUACAUAGAAGAACACAUACUGGAGAGAAACCUUUUGAAUGUAACCAAUGUGGUAAAGCCUUUGCAAGAAACAGUCAUCUUCAAAUACAUAGAAGAACACAUACUGGAGAGAAACCUUUUGAAUGUAACCAAUGUGGUAAAGCCUUUGCAAGAAAAGGUCACCUUCAACUACAUAGAAGAAUACAUACUGGAGAGAAACCUUUCGAAUGUAACCAAUGUGGUAAAGACUUUACAACAAAUAGUUAUCUUCAAAUACAUAGAAGAACACAUACUGGAGAGAAACCUUUCCAGUGUAAACAAUGCUGUAAAGCCUUUGCAACAAACAGUGGCCUUCAACUACAUAGAAGAACACAUACUGGAGAGAAACCUUUUGAAUGUAACCAAUGUGGUAAAGCCUUUGCAAGAAACAGUCGUCUUCAACUACAUAGAAGAACACAUACUGGAGAGAAGCCUUUCCAAUGUAACCAAUGUGGUAAAGCCUUUGCACAAAAAUGUCAGCUCCUCUCACAUAAAAGAACACAUACUGGAGAGAAACCUUUUGAAUGUAACCAGUGUGGUAAAGCCUUUACAACAAACAGUGGCCUUCAAAUACAUAGAAGAGCACAUAUUUGAGAGAAGCCUUUCAAAUGUAACUGUAUUAGUCAGGGUUCUCUAGAGUCACAAAACUUAUGGUAGUCUCUAUGUAGUAAAGGAAUUUAUUGAUGACUUGCAGUCUAUAGUCCAACUCCCAACAAUGGUCAGCAG